AUGAAUUUAAUUUCAACCGAAGAAGUUGCAAAACAUAAUAAACGUGAAGAUUGUUGGGUAAUCAUACAUAGCAAAGUGUAUGAUUUAACUAAUUUUUUGUCCGAUCACCCUGGUGGUAUUAAAGUUAUUCUUGAUCAAGCUGGUAAAGAUGCAACCGAAGUAUUUGAGCCAAUCCAUCCUCCUGAUAUAAUUGAUCAAUAUCUAAAACCUGAAUCAUAUGUUGGAAUCAUUGAUCCAUCAAAUCUUGAAAAAACCUUCAAUCAAAACUCAGAAAUGGAUAAGAGGCGUGAAUUGGCAAUUCAAAAUAAACCUCAUCUAAGUGAAAUGUUGAACCUAUUUGACUUUGAGGCUGUUGCUCAACAAGUUUUGAAACCUGAGUCAUGGAUUUAUUUCAGUUCAGGUGCCAAUGAUGAAAUUAGUUUGCGAGAAAACCAUAAUGCGUUUCAUCGCAUCUGGAUAAAACCAAGGGUGAUGAGAAAUGUAAUGAAUAUUGACACCAGUACAACUUUACUUGGUCACCAUUCCUCAUUUCCUGUUUAUAUUACAGCAGCUGCAUUAGGUAAAUUGGCUCAUCCUGAGGGUGAAGUUAUUUUGACCAGAGCUGCUUAUCAACAUCAGAUAAUUCAAAUGUUGGCAACACUAGCAUCAUGUUCCCUGGAUGAAAUGACAAAUGCAACAGGCAAAGAUCAAGUGCAAUUUUAUCAAUUGUACAUUAACAAAAAUAGAACUAUUUCUAUUCAAAUGUUGGCAACACUAGCAUCAUGUUCCCUGGAUGAAAUGACAAAUGCAACAGGCAAAGAUCAAGUGCAAUUUUAUCAAUUGUACAUUAACAAAAAUAGAACUAUUUCUAGAAACAUUAUUAAAAAAGUAGAAGAAAAAGGUUGUAAAGCUUUAUUUAUAAAUGUUGAUACACCUCAGUUAGGCUACAGGGAGAAAAGUAUGAGAGCAAUAUAUAUGGAUCCAAAUAUUGAUGAAAAAACUUUGAACAGUAGAUAUGGAUCAGCGAAAGCAAUUUCAUUAUUUAUCGAUGCAUCAUUAAAUUGGAAUGAUAUAGAAUGGCUUAAAUCAAUCACUACCAUGCCGAUUGUACUCAAAGGUAUACAAACAGCUGAAGAUGCUGUACUAGCGGCCAAAUAUGGUUGUGCUGGCAUGGUGUUAUCAAAUCAUGGUGCGAUUGCACUGGGUGCAAAAGCUGUUGGUAUUGGUAGACCUAUGUUGUAUGCCAUGUCAUCCUAUGGUCAAGAAGGUGUUGAAAAAGCAUUAAAAUUGUUAAAAGAAGAAUUUGAAAUGGUUAUGCGUUUGGCUGGAGUAACAUCCUUGAAAGAAAUUGGUCCUGACUUUGUUGACUCCAAGAAUUUAAACAAUCAUAUUUCUGUUCCAAAAAGUUAUCUUUUCUCCAAUAAUUGA